AUGGCGGUGGUGGAGGAGGUGGAGGUGGAUGCGAUGGUGGGGGUGGAGGAGGAGGGGGUGGUGGUGGUGGUGACUAACUAACUAUAGUACACUUCAAACAUUCUACAGUCUCACAGCUGCUUUUACAAUGGACGAAUGCAAGAUAAAAAGUCCUGCUGCUUUGGUUGGAACUGACUAUACUAGACUGCUGUUAUCGCCGCAGUGGUAAGAAUCUGUAAUAGCGCGCACGGUGCGAAAAGCAACUAACUUUAUUUUUGGGAACAUAGGUGCAUAAGAGUGGUGACAUGCAUUUGGAUAUAAAUUACUGACUGCAAUACAAACAGACGAUUUAAAAAGAAAGAAUUUUGAGCUAUAUAGGUGCAGGAAAAAGCCCAAAACUAACUGAAGACGGUGCUUAAUGUCGGUUAUAACGAGAAGCAAAUGUCGAACUUUGUUGUGAUAUCGGCACCAAGAAAUGUGCCCAAGUCCGUAAUGGAGACAUAAGAGAGUAACAGGAGUUUUUUUUUUUUGCAGUCAAACGUACGUAGUUUUCCGUGGAUUCAGCAUUUGUUUAUGUUAGCGAGUUGGCCGGUAAUAGUGGGGUGUCCCCAAGUUAUUCCUGUACCAAAUACUAUACCAAGCGUUUCUUAGUAAUGUUUUUGUUAUUUAAUGUACCCGACCGUGGACAACGUCACACAGCUCGAUUUACUUCGCUUCCUGUUCAGUUUUGGCCAUUUUUAACCUCUUUUAUUUCGUCACCACCUAUCGUCGUUUUUUCGUUUGAGAAUAAUUUUGCUUACAUUUUUUAGUUUUGGGGUACCUUGGUAAGAUAUUAUUUUAUUCUAUGGCUACAAGACGACGCACGCUCUGAUUGGUCGUUUUCUUGUAAUGACAUGGCAUUACUAGCUAGGUGUCCAAGGCAUAUACAAUCUGUGUUUAACUUUGAUAGUAGACAUCCUUAUGGACAUCCAUACUAUGUAGCAUUAUUUAUUGUGAUAAUUAUAUAUAUUUUUUUCAAUUUUUCAAUCUAUAUUUCCGGUACCAAGUUCUCACUAUAGUUAACGGGUUACGCUCACGCGCCCCGUCACACUAUUUUAACUGUAUAUAGCAUACAAAAGUUUUCACUGCAUAAUAAAAGAACAUGUUUACCCAGGAUGACUGCGUCAGUUUAGAAAAACUGGUGCCCGUUAAUGCCGGUCCUGCUAAUUAAAAUCUAGCUAAAAAACUAAAAGGAAAAAAAGACUAACAAAAACACUAUACAAAUCAUAAAAGUUGAUGCUAUAAAAACUAUUUAUAUAAUAUAGAUACGAAUUAAGACUUAUUAAAAUUAUUAAAAAUCAUCGCCCCUUUGUAAAAGAAUGAUUGCUGCGUUCACUUAAAAUUCACUUUUGCCAAAAUUAAAUUUUCACUGUUUCUUGUGUAAUUAGACUACGAGUAGUCCCCCAUUUUUCCUCAGGGAUAGUAGAGCGAGCGAAACGCGAGCGGGCGUGAAAAUCACCCCACGCGAGAAAAGGCGCGUGAUUUUCACGCGCGCUCGCGUUUUGCUCGCUCUACUAUCCCUGAGGAAAAAUGGGGGACUACUCGUAGCCUAUUGUGUUAUCGCUAUGAAAGUGAAAGUUGCGUAACUUAAAGUAAUUUCGAAGAUAGCUAGGUGCGUCGUUUCUAAUACAUAUCUUGACGAGAGAAAGGACAUGGGCUUCUCUACGCUCGUUUAAAGGCUUCCAACCCAAUUUGAUAAUGAUUUCAUCCGUAGACAGCUCCGCCCCAGAAGAGGAGUAAACUAUUCUCGCAGCACGUCUCUGCAAACGCUCGACCAUGUUAUCGCACAGGGUCCAGAGGAAUUUCGUGUGAAUAAAUUACUCAUUUAAAGUCUCACCUUGAAAAAUGUCCGGCUAUACCUGUCGCUUAGCAAGAUUAAUUAGCCCAAUGGGACCUUUAUGAAUCUACUGUAAACGAUUUCUUUGCUUCUUAUCUGACCCAGAUCGACUUUGUUGUUAUAAAUCAAUAACCGCAAGCCAUAUCCUCGCUGGUGCACGGCACGUAGCCCGAAGCCGAUCUUGCGAGUCCUUAGUCUCUUGGUUUGCGGUUUAUAUAAUGUGUAAAGAAACUGUAACGCGAUCGAGACAUUUGUAAUAACGGAAGACGGUCUAAUGCUUGUUUACAAGUGUGCAUAUACCAUAUACAAUCGAAACGUAAGUCUCAUUUCACAAACGCAAAAACCCUUACUUUAAAAAUACAGUACACUAUCACCCUCAGUCACUGCAAGAGCUACGCACGUAUUUGUAUACAUCUUUGUUCGAUAAAAUUAAAAUGGGUUACAAUACUGGGAGAAUAAGAAAAUCACGAUAAAGGUUUCCUUUGGUUUCGACCGAAGUUCAGCGGUUGGAUUCUUCAUGACUAUGGACUAUGCCUAAAUUACGCUCAGCUCCCCAAGCUUACAUCUGUGUAAUUUAAACAAACUGAAUUUAAAAUACCGAUUUUGUCUCAGGAGCUACCGUACCGGAGUUCUCUGCUGAAGUGAAAGCAAACACUUAUGAGAAGAACUGGCCAUUCUUCCGUCGGUUUGGAGGUCGAUCGUUUCCUUAAGAACAUCUUAGGAAAGCGCACUCCGAAGUGGAGGAAUUUUGUAAGAUUUUACGGCACGAAGGAGUCGUUGUGCGGCGUCCUGAAGCAAUCGACUUCUCAAAGGUAAAACUAGUGAGAAGCCCAGAAUUUAUAUUUUCUUAGUACAAUGAUUUAUUUGAACAAUUUUGGAACUACAUAUGAAAAGCAUAGUGAAUACACACUAAAAAUCACAGAUAGACAUUUUAGUAGCUUGUCAUCUUUUUACUGGUUCAUGGACGCCAAUUUACGCCCAAAAAAUUAUAUAACACACAAUUAUUGAAUGAGGCUGAGUAUCGUCUGAAGAUUUAUGGAAAUCGAGGAGGGUGUACGGCCUCAGCGGAUAACAUCCUCCGAUAUCUUCAUAGGCGGAUAACACGGGUGACCUUCUGGGAUCUCCAUAUUUUAAUAAAAGUCUUCAGAUGAUACGAAAGCCGAAUUCAAUUUCUUAAAAUUAAAUUAUAAAGUCAUGACAAAAAAAAAAUUAUCCGUCUCUGAUAUUAAAAAGAAAGAAGUUAAAAAGAAUAAAAUCUCGUAUUCCCAAACUCCUAAUUCUUUCAAAAGUUCCUGAAAAAAAAAAAAGAUUAAUUCAUGCAGGCCCUAAAGUUUUCGAUCUGUAAAUCUGAGUCAACAAAGUCUAGCUGUCGUCUUCUGAGCCUCUCAAGCAUAGUAUCGCAGAGCGUGGGAUGGCGAAAGACAUGCACUUUAGCUCUUAUCCAGGAAAAUUGCGGCUUGAGAAACUUUCUCCCUUCUUAUUUGCGAUCAGCUCCGCAAGUCUGCUGUGGUACUUAACACAUUCAUCCGCCAUCCCUUCUGUGGUCGUGAAAACUAGGGGAGUGAAUGUUCCCUGUUCGAUCUCCAUUACUCCGUUCCGCAUACUGCCUCUUCUCGUUCCCAUACUUUUUGAACAUCUGCCUUGGGAGCCAAGUCUCUGUAAGAGCCUGCAUUGGGAUGACACACCCGAACAUCAAAAAAGCCGAAUUCAAUAAUUGUUGUACCAUUCAUUCAAAAUAACAACCUCGAACGAGGUUGUCAAAAUAAUUCCUAGUUUAUAAACAAGCUAAAACAUGCUUACCUCCAUCGAAGUUAAGUUCAUCUGCGAUUAUGCACGUUAAUCGGUAAGUCUAGGAGUUAAAGGGUUGUUCAGCGUCACAAUAUUUUUUCCAGAUAGUAGAUGUCACUCUUCGAGUUGUCUUCUCACUGUUUUUAGCCAAUAGUUCGCCUAUUCCUUCCUGGUGAAACGAGUAAAAUGUCUGCAACUUUGCUGCACUUUUGACGUCACCAGUUCAAUAUGACAAAAUUCCUCCAAACUUGAUCGACAAUAGCUGGUUACGAUGAAUUAUGCGUGUGAUUUUAGCCAAUCAGAAACGGAGAAAUAUUUUAAAUGAAUAACAAGGCUUCCACAGAUUGUCCCUUGCAUGACACAAAGAUCACCCGUUCUUCAUCAAUGCAUCCUCCUAUGCCUCAUUGAUGUUUUGGCUGACGAUUUUUUUUUUGGCAUCGUCACCCCCGUUCUUUGUAGGUUUACACGACUCCAGUUUUUACGUCUUCUGGGAUGUACGCAGCUAUGCCACGAGACAUUCUGAUUGUUGUCGGCGAUGAGAUCAUCGAGGCUCCCAUGGCCUGGCGAUCACGGUUCUUUGAAUACCGCGCUUACAGGCCCCUUCUCAAGGAGUACUUUAAACGAGGUGCCAAAUAG